UCACGAAGACUCACGAACCCGCUCUGUCGAGCCGCCGAGGGCUCGUCCCAUUUGCCACCCACAGCCACAGGACGUCCUCCUCCAGCCGGUCCUCCCAAGCGGCCAAGUCUCAAUCCCCGACGCGAGCUCCCUCCGCUGCAAGUGCAGGCCGGUGGCCGCGGCGGCAAGCAUACGCCAACUAGCGGCGCCGGCGCGGCCACCGGCCUCUUCACCUCAUACGCCUCGCUACCUGCGUCUCGCUCCACCACGGCCCUCGUCCGGGGGGGCUGCGGCCUGACCCCUUCCACAGCACAAGGUGGGAGGCCAUCGUCAAAGCAGCAGAGACGCGCGCGAGUGGAAGAUCGACUCGCACCGAGAUUGUUGAGCUAGCGGGGGCAAGAGCAGGAGCACGCGUGAUGAUGCAGGCAACCAGAAGCAGUGCUUGUGGUUCGCAGCUUCCCCGUACCCUGUGUGCAAUCCCAUGCAAGCAGAUCGCACAGUUCAGCGCUCCAGCAGCCGGAGCAGCCAUUGACAUGGAUGAAGCUCAACCACUGUUUGACGAAAUGCCUCCAAGGCUCCAAGGCAAGCUUCUCACUGAACACAUGUCAUGCUCCUCCCGUCCUUUAGAUGCGCUCUCGCCUUGACUCACAGGAAGCAACAGUGGCACAGCCGCACAGGCUCAGUUCCCUCCACUACGUACUUUCCCUGUGCUGCAAAACUAUCAGCUGAUGAAGGAGGUGAUGGUGGAGAAGCAUGAACUCGCAAACUCGCUGCAGUGUCGAAGGUUACCAUGGGACCCGUGACUGGCUUAACCAACGAUGCUCCUAAAAUACAUGGAUCAAGGAUAUGAAGACAGUAUCUCACAUUCCGAUCAGUUGUUUUCGAGUGGCUAAUGGGCUUGUUGGGCUUGAAUAGUGGGCCUGCGUGUGUACCUGGGCUUUGCCUCAUAUAUAGCUCGGAACAGUCUCCCGCCGGCGAACCGUCCCAACGAAAACAGAAUUCAGAAUUCAGAAGCCUUCUUCUUCAUCCUCUCUGUUCUUGAUCUGCAAUUCCCUUCCCAGUUCCCACGAAGCAAAUCGUCACCGGAACCUGACGCUUAGUGCGAUGGCUGACGAGCAGCCGCCCGGGAGUUGGCGCCUGUUCAAGAAGGCAGUCGCGGCCGUCCAAAGCGAGGAGAAACAGCGGCGGGCGUCACGGUCUCGGAGCGGCGUGCCGUACCCGCGGCUCCUCUCCACGGCGCUCCGGCAGGCGGCCGGGAUUCGCGCCGUCAGACGCCAGGCGGUGCUCAAUGUACGCCGAAGUCAUGGGUUGGGCGUCGCCAAUCCUCCUCCGUGCGCAGACGAGGAAACCGGCAAGAACGCCGUCAAGAACCGCGAGUCGGAGCCGCACGGGAUGCUCCCCGCCGGCGACGCCAUGAAGAAGCACGGAAACGCCGUCCAAGAAGUCGCUCCUCGCGAGGCGGGUGAUUACCUCGAGACGCACACGGGAGCGGCGGCGGCGGGCCACUGCAACGUUCUUGCUCCUGCGGCCGCUUCUUGCGUGGGCGAAUCGGCGGGCCACGGCUCCGGUUUCAUUGCUGGCGCCGGUCUUCCCGAGGCGGGCCAAGCCAUUCCUGGCGACCAAGAUUCUCCGGGCGUCGACCCAUCCGAACAAGCGGGCCAAGAUUCUCCGGGCGUCGACCCAUCCGAACAAGCGAAGAACAGAGCCUUUGCUGAAGAGCUGUUCAAGAGCUGGGCGGAAGAAUUUGGUCUCCGACUACCGUCGACCUCCCCACCGACCUCCUCACCUCCACCGCCGCCGCCGCCCCUCGAGCUCAGGGAGCCUACACCACCUCCGCCUUCCUUCCCGCCUCCUCCUCUGGUUAAGAUUUUGACCGUUCGGAAUUCUGAUGACGCUCAAGCUGCGUUUGAAGCAUGGAGGCAGAGGGGAAGGGAUGGUGUACUAGUUGAUGUUCCUGAAGAUGUUCCUCUUCUGGACCUCCAAAUCAUCUGGGAUAUGCUGUGUGAGGCGAGUCUGAAUAUCUUCCUCAAUCCAAUAAACAUAGCCCAGAGGCUUUCGAUCGGUAAAUAGUUUAUUGGAAAACCAGGGUGCUAUGAAUCUUGUUAGUCACUGUGACAAAAGUUUACUGUACUAAUGGUGCUAAAUGGCCGUAUUGUUCAAAUGGGUUUUAAUGUGACUUUUCAACUUUAGUAUAUUUUCGAAGCUUGAUAGAUA